AUUAAUUCUUCAAAAAAAACACACGAUCAAUCCAUGGGCCAUCACCACCACCCCACCACCGCCACUAACCAAGCUCCGGUAGCCGUGGUGGCCGUGCCAUUGCCGGCUCAAGGCCACCUCAACCAGAUGCUGCACCUCUCCUCACUCAUCUCCUCCUACGGCCUCCCCGUCUACUACGCCGGCUCCGCCCUCCACAACCGCCAAGCCCGAUCCCGCUUCAAUGCCUCAAACGACACCGUCUCCCAAAUCCACUUCCACGACUUCCCCACCCCUCCCUUCCUCUCCCCUCCCCCAAACCCAAACUCCACAAUCAAAUUCCCCACGCAGCUCCUCCCCGCGCUGGAGGCCUCCCUCACCCUCCGCCCCCUCUUCGCCGCCUUCCUCCAGGAAUUGGCGGGAAAAUUCAAAAGAGUCGUCGUCGUCCACGACACGUGGAUGUCGUACGUGGUUCAAGACGUUGCAGGAAUCCACAACGCCGAAUCUUACGAGCUCGUCUGCAUCUCUGCCUUCUCCUCCAUCUCCUUCAUCUCCGGAUAUCUAGGGCUUCCUUUCCCUCUCCCUCAUCCCAAGGAAUUGCCCCCUUUCGAAGAUUGGACGUCGGAUGAGACAAACAGCUUCGCUGUUCUCCAAUCAGAAGCGUCCGAUUUCAGAUCUGGAUGUAUCUUCAACACCUCCAGAUUGAUCGAAGCACCUUAUCUCGAGGUUUUAGAGAGAGACGAGAGGAACAAGAGCGGGCCUAUUUGGGGGCUAGGGCCAAUGUUUCCUAAAUCAAUACCAAUUUUACAAAAUCAGCACGAAUGCUUUAGUUGGCUCGAUAAGCAGGAUCCGAAAUCCGUGAUCUACGUCUCGUUUGGGACGACGGUCUCGUUGCCAGACGAUCAGAUCAAGGAGAUCUCCGAGGGGCUAGCGCAGAGCGGGGUGAAGUUCCUUUGGGUACUGAGAGAUGCCGAUAAAGGCGACGUGUUCGAUGGGGACGUGAGGAGGGCCGAGCUGCCGGAAGGGUUUGGGGAGGGAGAGGGGAUGGUGGUGAGAGAAUGGGCGCCGCAGCCGCAGAUACUGGCGCAUCCGGCAGUGGGGGGGUUCAUGAGCCACUGCGGGUGGAAUUCGUGCGUGGAGAGCAUGACGGCGGGGGUGGCGAUCGCGGCGUGGCCUAUGCAUUCCGACCAGCCGAGCAACGCCGCGCUGGUUGCGGAUAUUUUGAAGACGGGGAUUGUGGUGAGGGAGUGGAAGGAUAGGGCGGGAGUGGUGAAGGCAUCGUUGAUUGAGAGUGUCGUGAGGAGAUUGAUGGCAUCGGAAGAAGGGGAUCGGAUUAAGGAGACGGCGGAGAAGCUGGGUGCCGCCGUGAGGGAGGCGACGGAGGCGGGUGGCGUUUCGAGGAUUGAGUUGGAUUCGUUCAUUGCUCAUGUCACUAGAUAGGAUGCAUGCCCCAUUAUAUGUCUACGUUAUCGUAUUCUACUACUAGUAUUUAUUUUAUGAAAUAUAAAUUGUUACUAUACUAGUACUAUAAUAUUAUGAGGUUUAUUUUGAUUUCAUCUAUG